AUGGUUAUAAUAAGAUUGAAUUUAGAAAAACGAACUGUUACUUAUUUAAAAGUUGACAAGAUAAUGGAUCCAAUUAAACAGUUUCCACCAUCAUCAGCACCUCCACCUUAUCAUGAUAUAACUCUCAUUAAUCCUCAAAUACAACAUCCAACAAGUUUCAAUACUAUUGAACGUACAAGUUAUCAAUCAUCAUCAAAUGAUCGAAUGUCUAAAUUCCAAGAUAUUGUUAAUAGAUAUGAAAUUAACAGAGAUUUUGCCACAAGAUUAAGACAUCUAGAAGGUUAUGAAAUUGUUUUUAUUGUUGAUGAUUCUGGCUCAAUGAACGCACCAUUAGAUAUUACUUUCGUCGUGCCGCCUGCUGGUCCAACGCCAAUUGUACCCAUUUUGAGACAAGUUUUGCGUGACAAACAAGCAGAAAUACAAGAACGAAAAUUGUUAAUAUUGAUUGCCACAGCAAAACCCGAUUCAUCGGCCGGAAGAUGUCGGACCCGGUCUGAUCUUGUCCAACAUCUUCCGGCACGGAUUCCGGCAUGGUCCGGUAUGGUUGCUGCCGGAUUUUACCAAAUUCCACCAACUUCCGGCAUGUUCCGAUGUUGGAUCCGGCAGGAUCCCGACGCCGGAAUGGACGACCUGGACGGAAUUCCGACCGAUGAGGGCGGACGACGAGAUAUUAAAACGCUGGAACACGUACUAAAACAUGAACGAAAUCCAGCUAAUCGCAUACCGGUAACAUUUAUAGCAUGUACAGAUGAUGAUGAUUGCAUAGGAUAUCUCAAUAGUUGGGACAAGAAUAUAGCUCAUGUUGAUGUUGUGGAUGAUUAUCGAAAUGAGAAGAAAGAAAUUUUGAAUGUACAAGGAAAAGGUUUCCCAUUUAGUUAUGGUGAUUACGUGGUGAAAGUUCUUAUGGCCGUUGAUUUUCGUACAAAAUAUUCAGCUUAG